AUGAUCUCGAGGUGGGUGACCAAGUCCUUUUCCACAGCAGCCCGCAAGCUGAACGAAUCAACCGGCAUCUCUUUUACAGAUGUCGCCAACAAAGCUGCUGCCAUGAACCCCAUGUCGAACGUCAUCACGCCGACAGACGUCGGCAGAGACGCCAAGAGUAAAGCUUCUCGGAGACCCAACGAGCACACGGUCAAGUACGUGCUCAACUGUCUGUUUACCAAGAACAACACACAUUUCACGUACUCCGCCGUCGUAGAGGAUCUGAACUUCCUCCGGAACAACCCGGAGGCCUCCUACAACGACAAGUUCCUAUACUACCUGCAAUUACCUCAGAAGGUAAAGUUCAGGGUUUCGACGGGCAAUCUCGGGUUCAGAAAGGCCGCUCGCGGCGAGUACGAAGCCGCGUUUCAAACAUCGGCGCGACUUUUCCAGAUGUUACAGGAAAAACGACUUUUGGACCGUAGCAUUGAAAUCGUUCUCAAGGACUUUGGUAAGGGCAGGGAAGCCUUUGCCGCGGCUUUGAACGGUAAAGAAGGGACCGCAGUACGCAAGAACGUGGUGCGCGUAAGCGACGCGACACCUUUGAAAUUCGGUGGUGUCAGAGCUCCAAGACCAAGAAGGUUGUGA